AUGUCGGAGGACAAAAUCAAGGCAAUCCAAUCCUCAAAGAAAGUAAGGGAGUUUUACCGAGAGCAGAACGAGCUAAUCACCGAGCUCUUGGACCCGGCAGAAUCGCGCGAGGGAGCUCAGGAGCAGGAGGAGCGAAACCAAGUCAAGCUCAAAAUUGCUAUUUACGGUUCAGUCGGAGUGAAUGUAUGCCUGUUUCUAUUACAGCUCUAUGCGGCCAUUUCAUCAAAGUCACUGGCACUCUUUGCGACAAUGGCCGAUUCGUUCAUGGACCUGCUCUCGGGAGUCAUCCUCAUGUAUGCUGCCAGGGCCUCUACCAAGAGCAAUUGGUUCAAGUAUCCAUCGGGCAAGUCACGAAUGGAGACUGCAGGAACUAUUGUCUUUGCAUCCCUGAUGGCCACCGUGUCUCUUCAAUUGAUCAUUGAAUCUGUCAGAGCCUUGAUGGACAGCGAUAAGCAACCACCUAUGCCCAGCCCUCUCGCUAUUGCUUUCGUUGGAUUCGCCCUCGUGAGUAAAUUGGGGCUUUUCAUCUACUGCAGGGCCAUUUCGCAGUAUAAUGCAGCAAACAUCCUGGCGAUCGAUCACAGGAACGACCUGGUGGUGAAUGGAUUUGGCUUGUUUGCGUCGUUGAUGAGCAGACUCUGCUGGUGGCUCGAUCCUGCAGGAGCCAUUGUCGUUGCGUUGAUCAUCUUGCGCUCCUGGGUGUGGACCGCAUAUGAACAAAUGCAACUCAUUGUUGGCAAGACCGCGGACCCCGCCUUCCUGAAGAAGUUAACAUAUAUCGCGCUGACCCAUCACCGGAAGAUCUUGCAGGUCGAUACUUGUACUGCAUAUCAUGCUGGAAACAAUCUCUUUGUCGAGGUCGAUGUUGUUAUGGCCCCUGAGACGCCAUUGCGGGAGAGUCAUGAUAUCAGCGAAAGUCUUCAGAUUAAACUCGAGUCCUUGGCCAACGUCGAGCGUGCUUUUGUUCAUGUUGACUAUGAGACAUCGCAUGCUCCGGAACAUCGUAAAUUAAAGUAA